AUGAAUUGGUGGCGAUCUAAAUUUGAGCGUGAUAGGAGGAGAGCGCCUCAUAUUUGGCUCGACAAGUGCUGCAUCGACCAGAACGAUAUUGAGGCGGACCUCCGCUGUUUGCCGAUUUUUCUUUCCGGCUGCGCUGAGCUGGUAGUCUUUUGUGGCCCCACUUACCUAUCUCGACUAUGGUGUGUGAUGGAGCUUUUUACUUUUGUACAUAUCGGUGGCAACGUGUCUGAGAUCAAUGUUAUCCCAGUCUUGCGUCGAGGCCACGAAUUGGAGGAUCGUUCUGCAAUGCGACAGUCCUUCUUGGACUUUGAUGUGGUCAAUUGCGAAUGUUUCAACUCGGCGGACAAGGAGAAGAUGUUGGAUAUCAUCCAAAUGGCUUUCGGAGAUCUCCUAAACUUUAACGAGGCGGUGCGGUCCGUUCUUCAUGCCAUUGAUUGGAUGCGCACCUGUCCAAGAGAGUGGAUUGCUGGUGAGCAGGCAUUUGAGGUGCCACCAGACAGUCCCAUUCCAUCAAUUCCUUCUCCCGUCGGAGUGCAGCACCUGCCGGAAGAUAGUCCGAUUCCAUCGAUGCCUUCUCCCAAGGAGUACCAGUGGCUUAACUAG